AUGGGCCCGACAUCUUCCCCGACACCACUUUUGAGUCCAACAUCCAUGUAUCCGUCGCAAUCCCUACCCUAUUCUUUCUCCACAUCCGCCAGCACAAGCUCAUUACAAGGUGGAUACAUAUCACCGCCAGAUUCACGGCGCGCAUUCGAGGAGGAGAAGGAAAAGCCGCCGCAGAGACAAUCGCUUCCGUCGAUUCAUGAGGCUUUGGGAAACGAUAAUCCGUUGCCCUAUCCUGCGCCCACAUCGGCUCCCCCACAACAGGCUCACCAUGCACCCCACCCUCCCCCCUUGUCGUCUAACGUUGCUGGGCGACCGGGCACAGAGGGGCCUCCUGGACCACCUAACCCGUUCUCAAACGGCGCCUCGUCCGGCACCUUCAUGCGCGAGUCAACGUUUCCCCACCAACCUCAGUUGCAAGCGGAGGCGUCGCGGUCGAGUUUGGCCUCAAUCAACACCCAGGACUCGAGAACCACAUCUCUACAGUCGCUAAGCUCGGGAAAGUCACCUACGCAGAGUGCGAAGACUGGUCUUACUUCAUUAUCCGGAUCCCAGACUGGUUCUGGCUAUGAGUACAGUGCACCUCCUUCUGCCGGCAGUGUGGCUUCUCCCAACGGAUACGGCACUUUCUCGCAGUCCUUCCAGUUUCAGUCACAACCUCCUCCGAAUGCGCCAUCAUAUCCAUCCACUCCUUAUGAUACUCGACCCUAUGGCGGAACAGGCUGGAAACCAGGAAUGCCUGAUACCGGCCGUGCUGAGGAAAUGAAGGGGGUGAUUCCAGCUCGCCCUCCAUUGGCUGGGCAUCAUUACGGUGAACCCGUUAAGCGUCAUCUAGACAUUUAUGACGUGGAGACCUCACUGAAUGAAAUAGCUGAUAUUAGCACUCGGACUCUGGAUUUCUCGCGUCACUAUGCAGCAAGGGCGCAUCAAACGCAGCGCUCUGGUCCAGUAACGGGGUCGUUGCCACUUCCGCACGAGAUUGAGGAGAUGCUCAAUCUACAACGCCGCAACCAAGAGGCUUUGCUUCGCAUACGAACUGCAGUGCUGAACGAACAUGCUUUGGCUGAGCAAAUGGCGCAAAGGAAAGUUUUCAAACCCAGCGGUGUUCAUGGUGAGGAUCACGUGGCAAUGUACCAAGAAGAUUUCAAAACCAAUGGUGGAUUCGCGGGACCUGAUUCGAAAAAAAGACGAGGGAAAGCUGCUCCCCCCGGGCGUUGCCAUAGCUGUAACCGAGCCGAAACACCCGAAUGGCGCCGUGGUCCGGACGGAGCGCGAACCCUGUGCAAUGCUUGCGGGUUGCACUACGCCAAACUGACGCGCAAGAUGGGCGCUAAUAAAGCUGCGUCCAUGGGUUCAAAUCUGAGGCCCAAGACCUCACUCGACACCUCGUCACCGAACAGUCAUUGA